AUGGAAAAUCACGAGGAGGACGAUUUAGAAGAGCUGCGCUCUACGGUUUAUACAUUCCCACAAAACGUGCAGAAUGUGAUCGAGCAGGUUUUGCCUAGUAAUGAUCCGUUAGACCAAUCAAAUUUCAAUGUGGUGGACUAUAUAAAUUCCUUAUUCCCCACCGAACAAUCUUUGUCCAACAUCGAUGAUGUAGUGAAUAAAAUGGAAUUUGAAAUACAUACAAUUGACAAAGAGAUACGGUCAGUGGUACGAGGUCAAACAAAUGUAGGGCAGGAUGGUAGAGCAGCAUUGGAAGAUGCACAAAAAGUAAUAGGGAAGUUAUUUGUUCACAUAAAGGACAUAAAAGAUAAAGCUGAAAAGUCUGAGGAAGUUGUGAAGGAAAUUACAAGAGAUAUUAAGCAAUUAGAUUUUGCUAAGAGAAAUCUUACUGCUUCAAUUACAGCUCUGAAUCAUUUGCACAUGCUUGUCGAAGGAGUAGAUACUUUGAAAGUAUUAACGCAAAAGAAACUGUAUGGAGAAAUUAUCUUACCGCUACAAGCAGUGAUGGAAGUGAUGCAACAUUUUCAUAAUUACAUGGACAUACCACAAGUGAAGAUGUUAUCAGAUCAAGUACGUCAAAUUCAUGUGGAAUUGGCCCAACAGAUUACAGCAGAUUUCAAACAAGCUUUUUCAGGCCAGAAUCCAAAGCAUUUUAAUCAGUUAACAGAAGGAUGCUUGGUGUUAUCAGUAUUAGAUCCUAAAGUGAAGAAAGAUCUGCUCCUCUGGUUUGUAAAUAUUCAAUUGCAAGAAUAUGCACAUUUGUUCGAUGAGAAUCAAGACUUCGCGUGGUUGGACAAGAUAGAUCGAAGAUACGCGUGGAUUAAGAAACAUUUGCUUGAUUUUGAGUCAAAGUUUGGCACUAUCUUUCCACAAGAUUGGGAGGUUUCCGAGCGAAUAGCGGUACAAUUCUGUCACGUUACGCGCGAGGAUCUCGCUAAACUGAUGAACAAGAGACGUGGCGAAAUAGACGUUAAAUUAUUGCUUUACGCAAUUCAGAGGACUAGUAACUUCGAGUCGUUGUUGGCAAAACGUUUUGUCGGUAGUACUUUAGAACCAACUACCGAUGCUAAGAAUACAACGAUCAGUAACGACGCGGCCGAAAAAGUCCCGGGAAAUCCUUUCGAAGAAAAUGAGCAGGUUGAAGAUAAAAAACCGAAGCCGUGUCCGUUUGCGAAUCUUAUAGGAAGAUGUUUCGAGCCAUACUUAAACAUUUAUAUAGAGAGUCUGGAUCGCAAUUUAGCAGAUCUGAUGGACAAAUUCGUGACCGACGCCAAAACACAACCGCCAGGCGCUAAAGAAUUUGACGGUAUCGAAGGCCCUAGCAGUGUUUUGAGUUCGUGCGCAGAUCUAUUCGUAUUUUACAAAAAAUGUAUGCUGCAAUGCACGCAACUAAGCACUGGUAUUAUCAUGUUGAGUCUUGCUGAGACUUUCCAGAAGUAUCUGCGAGAAUACGCACACAAAAUUCUGCAGAACAAUUUACCCAAAAUCGCAGGUAGCGUAGGAAUUGGCACAAGUAUGAGCAACAUUACGCGUGAUUUUCGCGAUCUAUCAACAUCAGGUUUUAUCCAAAAUUUCCAGAGCUUUUUGAAGGAGGGAGAAACUGCUAGAUUAAACAAGGAGGAACAAUCUCGUAUAUGCUGUAUUUUAACGACAGCGGAAUAUUGUCUAGAAACGACACAACAAUUGGAGGAGAAACUCCGCGAAAAGACAGAUAAAUGUUAUUCCGGAAAAAUUAACUUGUCUCAGGAGCAGGAUAUCUUUAAUGAUGUGAUUAAGAACUGUAUUCAGUCGCUGGUUCAAGAUUUGGAAACAGCCUGCGAUUCUGCUUUGACUGUAAUGACCAAGGUGCAAUGGAGUUCUGUGGAAGUUGUAGGUGAUCAAAGUAAUUACGUUAAUACUAUAAUAGCGCAUCUCCGACAGACAAUACCUACUAUACGAGAUAGGCUGUCUUCUUGUAGAAAAUACUUCACACAGUUAUGCGUUAAGUUUGCCAGCUCAUUUAUACCAAAAUUAAUACAACAGUUGUUUAAAUGCAAACCGUUAAACACCGUUGGAGCAGAACAAUUGUUAUUAGAUGUUCAUAUGUUAAAAACAGCUUUGUUGGAUCUUCCAUCGACAGGUUAUCAAGUACAAAGAAAAGCCCCAUUAGCAUAUGCAAAGGUUGUGAUCAAAGGAAUGGCAAAGGCGGAAAUGAUAUUAAAGAUCGUAAUGUCCCCGAUUGAAUCUCCAAGUGAUUAUGUAAAACAAUGUCGAAUGCGCUUACCCGACUUGCCAUUCUCGGAAUUUCAAAAAAUUUUGGAUAUGAAGGGAUUAAAAAAGACCGAGCAAGUUUUAUUGCUGGAACAAUUCAAACAACUCGAAAACGCGGAUGCUGCGCAUGCUGCUAAAAGUCAUGCAGCGCAUGAUAGUCCUGAACAUGAAGCUGGCAGUAUCAAAAGGUUAGAAAAACUCAUUAAAAAGAUUUGAGAAUAUAAUUUGAGAAUAUUCUUUAGAAUUGUAUAUAUCUAAAAAAACAAGAAUUUUCUUAUUUAAAAUUAAAAUAAUGUAAACUCUCUUUAUAUAACAUGUACAAUGUAGAGGAAUGUAUGUAAAUACAGGACUCUGUUGAAUAAAUAUAGAUGCAAAUGUA